AAGUGCUGUAGUAUGAUGGCAAUGGCGCUGUAUUCCAUAUGUGUAUUUAUAUAUGUAUCUUACACAAUAUUCUGUUAAAACUAACUUAUUGCGUAAUAGGAAACUGUUAUUAUAAGCUGUGCUGUUUUGCUUAUUGAUAUAGUUUUCUCUUAAGUUCGAUGCUAUUAUAUGUUAGCCACCUAGCUUGCCUGGUAAUUUCGCCCUAAUGUGGCUAUCUUACCUUUACGGGUGGUGCAAACUUUUGUUGUGCUUACACUAGUGGGUGUAAGAUUGGCAUUGGUAUAGUUAACGACACAUUCCAGUCAAUCCGAUACGAAACGUGAUUGAAAACUUUGGUUGAGCCAAGUAAGGCGGUUUUACUGCUUUGGAAGAGAAGACACUGUAGUAAGUACGGUAAAAUGCCUUGAGGGAGUUUGUGCUUCUGCCGAAGGCUCUUCUCACAGGGCGUUGGAUCACAUCCCAGACAGCAGGAGUUCAUCUUUCAGCACUCAGAUGUCUGCCCCAGAAUUGCCAGGGUUCUACUUUGAUGCUGAGAAGAACCGGUACUUCCGUCUGUUGCCAGGACAUAACAACUGCAACCCGCUGACCAGGGAGGGCCUGCAGCGGGAAGAGCAGGAGCGUCGGAGGCUGCGGCUCCUGGAGGAGGAGGCGGCCAGCGUAGGGGCGAAGUCGCCUCGGGUCGGCCUCAACUCUACGCUGCUCCUGCAGAAAAGGCACCUGGGGCUUACUCCAGGAAACUCGUACAGCAGGCUUAUCCAUGAGCUGAAGGUCUGCAGCAUGAGGCGCCAGCGACUGGAGGUGCGCAGCCCCGACUCCAGCAGCCCCGACACCGACAAUUUCCGCCUUAUUGUAGCUGACUCGGCGUGCGAGCGCGUUUUCACCGUCAAUGAUGUGGACCACGGGGGUUGCAAGUAUGGCAUCAUGAACUUCCACGCUGGCAGUAACUGCUCGCUGUCCGUCGAGAUGUGCGACAACCUGUACUUCACCAAUCGUAAGGUGAACUCAAUUUGCUGGGCCUCAGUCACCCAUCCAGAUUCACACGUGCUACUGUGUCUGGUUGGAAUAGCCCAGACCCCAGGCUGCGUCAGUUUGUUACCAGCGUCUCUGUUUAGCAACUCGAACACUGAUCAGCCUGGAAUGCUGUGCAGUUUUAAGAUCUCAACGGCUUGGUCCUGUGCCUGGUGUCUGAACCCACAGGCUGACAAGAACUUCAGCACAGGGCUGUCAAGACGUGUCAUCGUGACGGACGCUGUGACGGGCCGGCGGCAGACCUACGGCGUAGGCAGCGAUGUGCUGGCACAGCAGUUCGCCCUGCGGGCCCCGGUGCUGUACAACGGGGGGCGUUCAGGGGAGAUCUUCAGCAUCGAUCUCAGGCAGCGAGCCCGUCGUGGCCAUGGCUGGAAAGCCUGUCGCUUCUACCAGGAAUCUGCCAUCACCUCGGUCCACGUACUGCAGGAUGAGAACUAUCUCAUCGCUGCCGACAUGAAGGGAACGAUUAAGCUUUGGGACGUGCGCGUCACCAAGGCAGUGCGGCAGUACGAUGGUCACCACAACGAGCACGCGUACCUGCCACUGCACGUCUGCGAGCCGGAGGGGCUGCUACUGGCAGUGGGACAGGACUGCUACACACGCCUAUGGAGCCUAGGCGAUGGGCGCCUGCUGCGGACCAUCCCCUCCCCCCACCCUGCCAGCAAGGACUCUGUGCCUAGUGUGGUGUUCUCCUCACAGCUGGGGGGUCGUCGCGGCCUGCCCGGCCUGCUGAUGGCCGUUCGACACGACCUCUACUACUUCCCAUACAGCUGUGACUACGGGGACGGGAACGCACUGACGAAGGCCUGCUGAGGCAGGCGAGCUGCCAGUUACUGCCAGCCACAUCUAAAGAUGGCCACACAGCUGCUUCGAACGCCCAUGUGGAGGGGCAGUUCUUGGCCCCAGGGCAAGCUCACACUUGGUCAUCGGUCCUUGUGCCAUACUUACGCUCUCCUCAAAUAACCUUUUCUUGAAGGCCCUGUUUUAAUAAUGACCUCUGCAAGUGCAAUUUACACUAAAUGAUCAGUUUAUUUUGUGGUCAGUUAUUUUAUGCAAAUGUUGUGUAUUUCAGAAAGAAUUAAAAUGUGUAAUGAUUUACAAAAUACAUUUUCUCUGCUAUAUGUAGAAAUGUGUCAUUCUGAAGGGUUGUUGACACCAGUGAUUACAAUCACUAGGAGAACAGUGUUACUUGCAGGGCAGCUUGGGGAUUCUGACUUGUCACUGGCUGCGGUCAGGCAGCGGCUACAGAGAGCAAAUUGGAGGUAUAGAGAGAGUUUCCCCACUGGGAUCAAUUAUUACACAUGCUUAGUCUCCUUGGAGAAUCCUUGAGUACGCUGGUUUGACUGUGUCGAAUGAGCGGUUGUUAGAGGAGUCCCGAAUGAGGCACAUUACCUGUAUUGUAAGGGAGCGUCAGUUACAGCAUUACAGCUAUGUGGCGCGUUUCCCUGAGGGUGAUCUGGCUCGCAGGAUCCUCAUUGCUGGAGUCCUGAGCGGCUGGACCAGGCUGAGGGACGCCCAUGUAACACCUUGCUGUGGCAGAUGGAUGGCCACUUCCGGAGGGUGGGUCUGAACCAUGUAUCUGCCUGGGGAUCGCUGGCCAGGACCCCAAGGGGUUUCGCUGUGUGGUGGGUGCAGCAACGCACUGCACUAGCAUAUGCUCCCCAACCUGACCUGACCUUAGUUAAACUUUUUUUUCCUUCCUUUUUUAAGGCUUUGCAAUUCUGUCAGAGAUUGAAGUUUUGUCAGACAGAAUUUAUUUAAAUGUUCAGGUUGAUAUUCAUUUCUAACAGAACAGGAACAAAAUGUGGUUCAAAAAUUUAUUGUACCAAACUUAGGGGAGUGACUGUUAUGGGAAAUGUCUGUUAUGGAAAAUGCUUGCAAGCCAUGAGGCUCAAAACAACACCAGAGAACCACCCGGAUCCUCGAAAAUCACUGGCUGCUGACUAGCUCACGAUGGAAGGACUUGGCUCACGAUGUAUUUUUUUAUUAUUUUUUGUAUAUUCACAAGGUAUAAAAGGAGACUACAACAUUAUUGGAAAGCUUGUGACUGGAGAUCAGGGUUGGCCUCUUCUGCCUGGAGAGUGCCGAAGGUUGUGUGGAGACCGCUCUGUUCAAAACUGCUGCUUUUAGACAAACUCGCGUGGCAUUAUGUGCUACAAAAUCCUGUAUUGUCAGUCUUAACAUUAUCCUUCAGUUGUGCAGUAUCAUUGAUGUUGAUAUAAUGACAUUUGAAGGUUUUGAAAAAAAAAUUCUAUUUAAGUGGCAAUUUUAGAAUUUGGUGAUCUGUAGUCUUUGUUGACACACCCCAGCACAACACCAAAAUGUGUCCUCUGCCACACACAGCAGGGGGCAGCUAAUUCAGCGCCUGGGGAGCAGUGCUGGGGGGCUGUAUCUUGGUCUGGGUACCUCAGUGGUGCCUUGCUGGUCGGGGAUUUGAAUCUGCAAUCUUUCAAUUACAAGUACACUUCCCUAACCAUUAAGCCACCACUGCCCUUGUCUUGUGAUAUUUGAUUGAAAUAUUUUGAUAUCAUUGUCUCAUAUAGUUUAUAGGCAUAUAGCCCUCCAGUUGUCAUUCAGCAGGGGCCUGUAACAUGAUGAUGAUGCGGUGCAUUUAAGAUACCCCAAUUUGUUGACUUACAUUGAGUUCUGCCUGUCCUAAAUCUGACAAGUUAUCUGGCUACUCAGCCAGUUAUCUGGCCUGAAGAUAUGGCACCCAGGUGUUGAAACUUUGGAAACUAUUUAUAAACAGCAGUAUCAGAAUAUUCUCCGAGUGUCAUACUCAUUAAAAACACUGUUGAACACCUUAUGCAGAUGCACUUUAAGAUGUGUCUGCAUAAGGUGAUUAAUGUUGUGACUUUUGAAUAGCGCUCUGCUUUCCAGUACCAGUAGAUCCAUUUACUGAGCAGAGGUUCAAAUGUAAAUCUGGGUUUAAAGCUGCUCUUGACUCCCAUGAUCAGUGGGAUCACUGUCAAACCUGCUAUAGAAACGAGAAAAUGUGAUGGAUGUGUGACGCAUUCUUCUGUAGAUACAAAAGAAAACGGAUAUCUACUUAAUGCAAAUAAAAGGGGUGUUUUUAA